GUGUUUAGUGGCCCGGUUGGAAAAAUGCCAUUUCUAUUUAUAAUAAGAUGAAGAUAAAAAUAUUAAAAUGGAUGUGCUCAAAUAUAGUCAGUUUUGACUCGAGUCCGGAUUUUUUUUCCCCCUCUCUCUCUGUUCAUCAGACAGAGAACUCACAAAAUCCUAAAUAAUCCUGCUAGGCUAUUUUAGAUUGCUUUCCCCACAGCACACAGAACAACGAAGCUGAUUCCCUUAAAACACCUAUAUGUGGUUGAAAGAUUUGGCCAGCAAAUAAAAAAUAUAUCUCUGCCUUACAAUGCAAGGUUUUCCAUUAGCGUCAGUGGCAGGGAAGCCAAUGGUUAAAUCUCUCUGUACCACGGAGAGCUGCCUGAAGCCGGAGAGAGGAGUUUAUGCAAGGCUGUGUGUGGGGCUGCUCGCUGCUUGUGUAAAAAUAGACGGCAAUACAUCAAUUCCACAGUCUCUGCUGGCCACAAUUCAUACAGGGGGAGAAAAGCAAGCCGUUUCCUCAUAAUCUCUGGAGCCUACAGUGACUAACGGGGGGACGGAGGACUGCGGCGUGUUUGCAUUCAGCACAACGGAAUGUUCUCGGAAAGUUUGGGCAACUUGGGGAAAGAAGCUAAACUUUCUGUGGACCGCGAUGAGAUGGAGCCCAAUUGCAUUGCACGGGGGAUCGGAGCUGCAAACAAUGACUCUGGCAGAGGGCUGCUGCUAGUGCUUCCUCUGGGUAGCUGGGGGCACGUAGGGUGAGGGGGAGGAUCGGCACCACACGUGAUUUGAUUAAAUAAGAUGUCCAUGUGGUGCAGCGAUACACAUCUAAAGUGAAAAUAAUUUGGCCGGGGCCGUCUGCGAACGCAUUUCUCCUCUCUAGCGAGCCAUGCCCUGCGUUCUUAACUCUUUACCAGGAUUUGCACAUGUGGGCUCGGCUUGCCCUCUCCUGCCUUGGCAGAUGGUCCUCACGGAUCCUGAAUGUCCUUAUCUUGUCGUGAUUUCUUGUGUGCUGCUCUGGUUGGUGAAGACCAGCCUCUUUGCCCAGAUCUUCCUGAACUUGACCUUUCUGAACUAGACGUGAACGACUUGGAUACAGACAGCUUUCUGGGUGGACUCAAGUGGUGCAGUGACCAAUCAGAAAUAAUAUCCAAUCAGUACAACAAUGAGCCUUCAAACAUAUUUGAGAAGAUAGAUGAAGAGAAUGAGGCAAACUUGCUAGCAGUCCUCACAGAGACACUGGACAGUCUCCCUGUGGAUGAAGACGGAUUGCCCUCAUUUGAUGCGCUGACAGAUGGAGAUGUGACCACCGAGAAUGAGGCUAGUCCUUCCUCCAUGCCUGACGGCACCCCUCCGCCUCAGGAGGCAGAAGAGCCGUCUCUACUUAAGAAGCUCUUACUGGCACCAGCCAACACUCAGCUAAGCUAUAAUGAAUGCAGUGGUCUCAGUACCCAGAACCAUGCAAACCAUAAUCACAGGAUCAGAGCAAACCCUGCAGUUGUUAAGACCGAGAAUUCAUGGAGCAAUAAAGCGAAAAGCAUUUGUCAACAGCAAAAGCCACAAAGACGUCCCUGCUCGGAACUUCUCAAGUAUCUGACCACAAAUGAUGACCCUCCUCACAGCAAACCCACGGAGAACAGGAACAGUAGCAGAGACAAAUGCACCUCCAAAAAGAAGUCCCACACACAAUCGCAGUCUCAACAUUUACAAGCCAAACCAACAACUUUAUCUCUUCCUUUGACCCCAGAGUCACCAAAUGACCCCAAGGGUUCCCCAUUUGAGAACAAGACUAUUGAACGAACCUUAAGUGUGGAACUCUCUGGAACUGCAGGCCUAACUCCACCCACAACUCCUCCUCAUAAAGCCAACCAAGAUAAUCCUUUCAGGACUUCUCCAAAGCUGAAGUCCUCCUGCAAGACGGUGGUACCUCCGCCCUCGAAGAAGCCUCGGAACAGUGAGCCUUCUGGCGCCCAAGGCAAUACCUCCACCAAGAAAGGGCCGGAGCAGUCUGAGUUGUACGCGCAGCUCAGCAAGACCUCCGUGCUCACCAGUGGACACGAGGAAAGGAAGGCCAAGCGGCCCAGUCUACGGCUGUUUGGUGACCAUGACUAUUGUCAGUCAAUUAAUUCCAAAACGGAAAUACUCAUUAAUAUAUCAAAGGAGCUCCAAGACUCUAGACCUCUAGGAUAUAAAGAUGCCUCCUCCGACUGGCAGGGGCAGGUCUGUUCUUCCACGGAUUCAGACCAGGGCUUCCUGACAGAGACUUCGGAGGCGGGCAAGCAGGUCUCUCCUUGCAGCACCAGAAAACAGCUCCAAGACCAGGAAAUCCGAGCCGAGCUGAACAAGCACUUCGGUCAUCCCAGUCAAGCUGUUUUUGACGACGAAGCAGACAAGACCAGUGAACUGAGGGACAGUGAUUUCAGUAAUGAACAAUUCUCCAAACUACCUAUGUUUAUAAAUUCAGGACUAGCCAUGGAUGGCCUGUUUGAUGACAGCGAAGAUGAAAGUGAGAAACUGAACUACCCUUGGGACGGCGCGCAGCCCUAUUCAUUGUUCGAUGUGUCGCCUUCCUGCUCUUCUUUUAACUCUCCGUGUAGAGAUUCCGUGUCACCACCCAAAUCCUUAUUUGCUCAAAGACCCCAAAGGAUGCGCUCUCGUUCAAGGUCCUUUUCUCGACACAGGUCGUGCUCCCGAUCACCAUAUUCCAGGUCAAGAUCAAGGUCCCCAGGCAGUAGAUCCUCUUCAAGAUCUUGCUACUACUAUGAGUCGAGCCACUGCAGACACCGCGCACACCGAAAUUCUCCUCUGUGCGCAAGAUCACGUUCCAGGUCGCCCUACAGCCGUAGGCCCAGGUAUGACAGCUACGAGGAAUAUCAGCACGAAAGGCUGAAGAGGGAAGAAUACCGCAAAGAGUAUGAGAAGCGGGAAUCUGAGAGGGCCAAACAAAGGGAGAGGCAGAGGCAGAAGGCAAUUGAAGAACGCCGUGUGAUUUAUGUGGGUAAAAUCAGACCUGACACGACACGGACGGAACUGAGGGACCGUUUUGAAGUUUUUGGUGAAAUUGAGGAGUGCACAGUAAAUCUGAGGGAUGAUGGAGACAGCUAUGGUUUCAUUACCUACCGUUAUACCUGUGAUGCUUUUGCUGCUCUUGAAAAUGGAUACACUUUGCGCAGGUCGAAUGAAACUGACUUCGAGCUGUACUUUUGUGGACGCAAGCAAUUUUUCAAGUCUAACUAUGCAGACCUAGAUUCAAACUCAGAUGACUUUGACCCUGCUUCCACCAAGAGCAAGUAUGACUCUCUGGAUUUCGAUAGUUUACUGAAAGAAGCUCAGAGAAGCUUGCGCAGGUAACAUGUUCCCUGGCUGAAGAUGACAGAGGGACGGUGAAUACCUCACGGGACAGCGCGUCCUUCCCUAACUGACUAUUGCAAGUCAUACUUAGGAAUUUCUCCUACUUUACACUCUCUGUAUAAAAAACAAAACAAAACAACAACAAUACAACAAGAACAACAACAAUGGUUUACAUGAACACAGCUGCUGAAGAGGCAAGAGACAGAAUGGAUAUCCAGUAAGCACAUGUUUAUUCAUGGGUGUCAGCUUUGCUUUCCCUGGAGUCUCUUGGUGAUGGAGUGUGUGUGUGUGCGUGUGUAUGUGUGUGUGUCUGCGUGUCUGUGCGUGUGUGUGUGCGUGCAUGAACACGCUUGAUUUGGGGGAAGUAUGUGUGCACAGGAGGGGACUGGGGGCACCUGACCAGAGUGUGCCAGGGCAAACCACUUCAAAUGGCAGCAGUUCCAUGAAGACACACUUAAAACCUAGAACUUCAAAAUGUUCAUAUUCUAUUCAAAAAGAAAAAAAAAAAAGCAUAAAUUCAAAAGGAAAGAAAA